AUAACAAACGGUAAACUGAAAAAUGGCGCAACAAUCGGAAGGAAUGGGGGUCUCAAAUGCUGACACAAAAGAUGAAGAGAUAGCAGCACUGGAGCAGUCUUUACAUGAAUGGCGCUACAUCUUGCUUCAUUUUGAUCGCUGGUUGAGAUGGGAGGAUCAGGUUCAACCUAUGAUAAUGGUUGCCAUCGUCACAGUGCUUUUUAUGAUAAUGUGGUGGACGGAGCCAUCGAUAUUGACAUCAAUCUCUCUGCUUGGGAUGUUUGUGUGCCUUGCAGAUUACCUCGGACCAACAGUCUUCCAUUCCUACCUCAUCCCUACUCAUGAAUGGACAGCAGAACACCAGCGUCAGUAUCAACAAGUGUGCAUCAGAUUGAUAAGAGGGAAGGACACUGUAAUGCGUGGGUGCCAGUGGCUGAAAAAUAUGAAAGAAGUCAAACCCAAACAGUAUUUCAUCUUGGUGGUUGUGAUUCUUGCAGUCAUCGCUUUCAUUGGGAACCUCAUCCCCAAUCUCUUAAUCACCUACUUUCUAGCUGUUUUUCUAGUUCUUCUUCCUGGUUUAGAGCAUCGAGGCCUCAUUACCCAAGUGUACGCUACAACGCUCUUAACCCUGGUCAACACUCUGCGACAGACCAAGAAGAAGGAUUGAGCGUUUACCAUUUAAAACCACAACCAUAUUUGUAUCCAAGCAAACAAACAAACAAAUAAACAAACACUAAACAAGAAGCAAAGGUAUCAUGAAUUUCUAAAAAGGGUCUCUUUCAAGGAGGUUACCGGACACCACAGCACACAUUACUUUUGAUUGGUCUUCUUUAAACAGAAGCACUCAUUUGUAAUAAAAUUGCUGUUGGAGGCAGGGAAUUUUUCUUCCUUGAGAGGGCAAGGCUGUUUGCAUUUUGCAAAGGGCACUUCAACUGCAGAUCUUAAAGACUUUAACAGGAAACUUUUUUAGAAAACAAAUACUCAAAGUGUGCUUUGUAAUUAUUUUGCUGUAUAUUUUUUUCUUUCUUUCGGGUGUAGACUUUGUGUGGAUAUUUAGUUUAAUUUGUAUAUUUUGCUCGAGUAUAAUAUUGUGCCUUUACUUUAUUUAGUUUGCUUUAGGUACCUAGGCGGGCUCUGAAUGUAACUUCAAUCAUAAAAUACCUGCUGUAUCAAUGCACUAAGCUUUGGAUAAGGAAUUUUGUUGGGUGUACAGUGGAGGAUUUCACAAAGAGUUAAGACUAGUCUAACCAUGAGUGACUAGCCUUAGGUUUUUAAUAUCUCCUAUAGGACUAGUCCUAAAUUAGGUUCGACCGCAGUAAUUGAAUUCCCCGUUUUGUAAAGGGAAAUCCUGUGUUUAAGAGGUAAAAGAAUUUGUAAAUUAUAUAUUUGUGUGUAAUUACGUGGUAUUCGUUCAGACAGUUUUGUACAUUUCUAUUUGAUUAACUCGUUCAGUCCUAAAGGUCGUAUACAUAUUAUCACUAUUAUCACUAAGGGCAUAAAUACAAUCGACUUUGGGAUGUAACAUGGCAACACAAAUCAGCAAGAUAUACUUUUGUUUGGUUUAGAAAGAUUUUUGUUUAUUUGUUAUACAGAAUUUUGAAAACAUAAAAUAGCUUGGCAGUAUUUGUAGGUUCAAAACGAGUGGACACUGAAAGAGUUAAGUAAGACAGCAUUUUUCAAUGGUUGUAACUAGGUUUUUUUUGUAGUAAUGUAUGCAAUGUAAUAAUGCAAUACAGGGACCGUUUUGGCAGUCGUAAUAACUGUUUCGUUCAAGUUUGCGACUGGUAAAUCACUGGCGAUUGCCCGAAAACGUUGUCGAACUUCCGGCAAUUAAUUAAUUUGAAAAGAUGGUUAUACCUCACUGGUUGCACAGGCAGAAACAUCAUCAGGGCUGAGUGAAUCAACUUUGAAUUUUGAACUAUGAUUAGGAUUAUGUAAUGAAUGUGUUUGGUGUGUUAUGUGUACAAAUCAUUGAUAUUGGCCCUGUCUCAAACUGGCAGAUUAAAUUGAUUGACUUGAA